UAAUAUACAACUGGCUCCUUUCUACUCCUUAGAAUCUUCCAUAUACUCUAAUUAAAAAAAAAAUUCUUACUUUUCAAUAAACUAGACGCAUUCUUUCACAUUAGUAUUUCCAAAGACUCGGUUUCUAUUUUUAUAUGUAUAAAUCUUUACAACCACCACCACCUUAACAACACCCAUUUUAAGUUGUAAACGUAUCUUUAUAUCUCAUAUAUAUAGCAAAUCUCACCAUCAAUAUAUAUAUAUAUAUCUUGCAAAGAGACCAAGUCCAUCCAUAUAUGAUAUAGAUCCUAUAUAUCACCACCACGUAAUACUAUUAUUUCGUCUCUCUGGCAAAUUAGAUCAGACUCAUCUAAUCCCUUCAAAUAUAACCACAUAAAUAUAUCCCAAAAUCCAUUCCAAACCCACCUCUCGGCUCUCUCCAUCUCCCUAGAACUUAGCAGAAGUUAAUAAUAAUAAUUACAUAACGUACGUGAUCUUGUUUGUUUCAGUGUUUGGUUAUAGCAUGGGAAACUACGCCUCAUGUACUCUGUCAGGCCCUGGUGGGAAGCACUUCUGCAAAGCCACCAAAGUCAUCUUCCCCGGCGGUGAAGUCCGACGCUUCGACGGCCCUGUAAAGGCCGCCGAGCUAAUGCUUGAGACGCCGAGCUUUUUCGUCGUCAACGUACGCUCCAUGCGGCUCGGUCAGCGGUUUUCGCCGCUCAACGCCGACGAAGACCUCGAGUUGGCUAGCGUCUACAUCAUGUUUCCCAUGAAGAGAGUCAAUUCCCCCAUCACCGCGGCCGACAUGGGCGCUAUUUUCCUCGCCGCUAACUCUGCCACCAAGCGCGGUGGCGGAGGUGGCCGGAAGACUAGGGUUUUGCCGUCGGAGUUCGGUGAGAACUGGCGGACAUAUGACAUGGCAGCAGAGGAGGAGAAGGAGGAGGAACGGGUGGCGGCGGCUGGUCCGAAGUUGAAUUUGGAUGAUAUAGAGGAUUUCUCGGCGCCGGAGUUCCUGCAUAGGGUGUCCAUGAGUAGGUCUAAGAAGCCAUUGUUGGAGACUAUAGCAGAAGAACCAGUUUUCUCAAGAUAAUCAAUUAAUUAGUAAGCCAAGGCGUUUUCUCAUUUUAUAUCAAAAGUUUUAGUAAAUAACUAACUAAUUUGAGUGUACAUAUAUAUAUAUAUGUAUAAAUGAUAUAUAUAUAUAUGUAUGUAUAUUGGUGGUGAAAGUCUGUGGAAGAUUAAUAAUAAUGUAAAAUUUCAACAAUAUAUAAAUAUAUAUAUAUAUAUGAUAUUCAUAAAUUUGAUACUAAUUCUCUUCUCAAUAAAAUAGUUUGAGUUGAGAUUUAUUGAUUAAAUAGUGAAAUUCGAUUAAAGGACAGGUUGAUAUGAAUAAAAGUCCUUGUGCGCUAUUGUUUGUACGUAUUGUAACUGUGGGUCAUGACUCAGUGGCAUGUGCUUAGCACAACAGAGUAUACACUGUAAAUUACAGAUACCCUAUAUAUGAACGACCAAAUA